CAAUUUCCGCCUGUUGUUUCGUUAUGCAAAGGAACGCUCAGAUUUAACAGAAGGGAUUCGGAAUUGAAGCUGUUGACGUGCGUUUGGAGGUGAUAAUUGCGAGCGGGACUAAUUAGAAUACGAGGAAGGUUUACCGCCCGUGAAUCACUCACUUUUGUCUCGAUCGAUCCCGCCAGUCAGCCGCAGAGCAGCCGGCAUGGAGAUGAGUGCUGCCAUGUUCGCACGCGUCUCCUUCUACCCCACCCUGCUGUACAAUGUCCUGAUGGAGAAGGCCUCCGCCAGGAACUGGUACGAUCGCAUCGACGAGCAUGUGAUACUGGGAGCCCUGCCCUUUCGCAGCCAGGCGAAUGACCUCAUUGCCCAGGAGAACAUGAAGGCGGUGGUGUCGAUGAACGAGGACUACGAGCUGACCGCCUUCUCCAACAACACGGAGAAGUGGAACAAGCUGGGCAUCGAGUUCCUGCAGCUGGCCACCACCGACAUCUUUGAGUCGCCCAACCAGGAGAAGCUCUUCCGCGGCGUGGAGUUCAUGAACAAGUUCCUGCCCCUCAAGCAGAGGAUUGGCGGCCUGAGCUCCUCCCAGCUGCCCGAAAACGUGGGCUCCGUCUAUGUGCACUGCAAGGCGGGCAGGACGCGCAGCGCCACGCUGGUGGGCUGCUACUUAAUGAUGAAAAACGGCUGGAAUCCCGACCAGGCGGUGGAGCACAUGCGUCAGUGUCGGCCACACAUUCUGCUGCACACAAAACAAUGGGAUGCCCUUCGGUUAUUCUACACAAACAAUGUGCAGGCCAAGUCAUGACCAAAAACCGGACAAUAGCCCAAAUUUAUUGCUUACAGUAGAUUACCAUACGUAACAAAGGUGCUCUGCCAGUUACCCAACUAUUUUAGUGCUGAUUUUCUUGUUGAAUAUACAAUUUUCUACAGCUGUUACCUU